UUAAUAUUGCCUGUUAAUUUUUGGGGGCCUAAGCUGAACAUUAAACAAAGUUUGUCAACCUGCCCUAAAGUCUACAUUGAUGAAGGAAGCUGUGUAUCAAUUGGUGAAUCAAAUUGGCAACCUGAACUGCACUGAUGCAUCUGGAAACACUAAUCGAGUAGCCUUGCAUGAUACCAAACAGCACGCAGCGGCAAUAGAUACAGAGCAGAUUCAAGUGCAGCAUUCUAUAUUCUCAAAAGUAAAUCCUACAAGGACAGGAAAAAAGACAAUAUUUAUCAGCUUGGUCCCACUAACCCAAUUUGAGUGGCAACACAAUGCCCACUUAUAUGACCUAUUCAUGAAGUCAGUAUACCCUGCAAAGCCCUGUACCAGAAGAACCUAUAGACUACAGAGAGGGGACUCCUACUGUGUCUUACUGGAGAGUGCAUACCGCAUGUCACACUGCAAAAUGUGGCGGUGGGAGGCCAGUGAGGCAACUAAGGUAUCUAAAUGCCUGUCUCAGUACGAGGGGAAAAUCUGGAGAUCUCCACUCUCCUGCAGCAGUUUGAGCCUGUCAACCGGAAGGGUGUUGAAAUAUGUCUUCUGUUCCUCUGAGUAGCGCUCCUUCACUGGCACAGUGUCCCAGUCCUGCCAGCACAGGUUGAAUCUCUCCAGAAGCUCGAUCCUCAGCUCCUGUGAGGGGACGCAGUCUGGGGGGGUCCCUCUGCACCAGCCCCUCGGCCACUACCCAAGGAGCUCACCGACAGCCUCUGAAGCUUUACUCUGUGUGCUCUGUAGGAGGACUACAAAAAUCCAAAUGUUUGCAGCCCAGCCUGCCUCCCUCCCUCACAACCACCGAUGAACUGGGACACACAGCUGAGGUCCAUCCUGUCCAGCACUGAUGGCAGUCUGGCUCGAAUCCGAGAGAGAUUGAAUACGGCAGGAAGCUUCUCGAAAGAUGAGUUGGGUGACUCGCUGGACAUGAAGAGCUUGCUGUAUCAGGAGCCCUCCCCCUCGUACCUGGAGCCCCUGCCCCCCAGGAUGGAGAGGGGGGAUCUCGCAGUGGUACACACGAAGCUGGAGUCCCAGUCACGGGUGAUAGAGUCCCUCACUCAGACAGUUCUGAGGCUGGAGAAGGACCGGGAGCUGCAGCAACACCGCAUACAAACACUAGAGGAGGAGGUGUGCAGGUUGCGUUCCCGCGGGGAGGAGAAGCAACGGAGGAGCCAGGAGCGGGGGCUGGAGGGGAGAGUGGAGGAGUGGAAGAGAGAGGUGACCAGCGAGCUGUACAGCCUGCGAGCUCAGCUACAGAGAGAGGCAGAGAGAGCCAGCAGCCAGGGGCAGCAGGAGAUACAGGACAGUAAGAAGCUGCUGCGUGAGGAGUGCAAGACGCUGAGGAGAGAGGUUGAUCACAUUAAACUGCAGCUGAGGAGGCAGGAGGAAGAGCUUUUGAACAAGGCUUCUGAAACCAGGGAGAUGAAACAAUCGCAGGAGAGGAACAGCAAGACCCUGGAAGGGCUGACAGAUGGGUAUCGGUCUCACUCUGUAGACCUGAGUAAAGUGCUCUCCAAUCACCACUACACUGAGCAGGAGUUCAAACACAUCAGUUCAUCAGUCAUGGAUCUGAAGGAAGAAGUGAGAAGCCUGAAGCUGAGUGUUGGCAGACUGGAUCAGAGCAGCACGCUGACAGCGAGAACGGCGUCUCUCCCUCCCGCAGGACUCCGUAGCAGCCAUGUUCAAGGCAGCCACAGGACCAGACAAGCAGGGGAGCCCCAUCCUGAGCCGCUGGACCAGGACUCUGACCUGGAGCUCAGCCUCAGCCCCUGCCCCAGCCUGGGGGACAUCAGCUCUGACGACCUGUCCUCCCUCCCGGACCUGCACAGCCGAAAACGCCGCACAGCAGAGUCCAAGUAUGCCCCUGGACUAAGCUCUGAGCUGGAAGGAAGUGACAUCAGUGAAACAGGAAGUGACCUGGGAGAUGACGGUGAUGUCGCCAGCUUUUCUGCUGACCUGAACGAGUUAUCAGACAGCCCCUGUGAACUUAACCUCAGUGACCUUUAGCCUCUCACUGACAGGACUUGAGUCUCAGCAGACAAUGUGGAGUGGCUUCACGACCGUGCAGCAGGACUGUUCCAGCUGGAAGGAUCUGUUUACUGUGACUGGCGGGGGGUCUGUGUGAAUGCUUGUGAGGGAGGAGGUCCAGCCACCGGGCCUGAUGACUGCUUCUGCGUCCUGUCUCUGUGCUCACAGAGAGCCGGGGGGGGGGUGGCACAGCCUUAUUUUGGGGUAUUUUCACAGCAAAACACACACUGAGUCACUAAAGAAACAGUCCUUGGAAUAGAUAGCCAAUUGUGUCCCUUGUCAUGCGGCUUUUUAUUUGAGCUGCUGGCAUCAUCUGUUUUAGUUUUUUUUUGCUUUUUUUUUUCCUGGAGGUGGGGACCCAAUGAAAAACUAAAAUAAAAACAGAAGCACAUCCAUGUGCUUCACCCCCCUUCCUUUCCCCUCAAUUUUGCAGUUCUGAAACUCAAAAACACUCGGAAUGUGGCUUGCCCACACUCCCGUACGGUAAUGAGUGCUCAGUUUUUUUUGUGAUUGUAAAUGAAGUGACUUGCAAUCGCAUGGUUUAAACAUAUGUUCAGGAGCACCACUCUCUCGUGGUUUAUAUCAUUAGAAACUUUCCCUCUGCAGUUUGCACCUGAGUCCUUGGGACACACAACCCAGCCAUUGUCUUGGACUGCUGCUUCCUCAAUGUCUUGGGUGCAGAUCUACAUAUGAAACAACAUGGAUUCUCUUCAUGUCCUGCAAAAUGGAGCUAAGAUCAUUGCCCUGGCAUGAGUUAUAUUUGUUUGCUAUUUCUUUUAUAAAAUUGUAAUUAAAAUAACAAUGUAACUUUGUUACUUGCCAGUAUGCACUAGAAUAUGGAUAUAUAUUUUUUCUCCAUAAAAAAGGCAAAUCACUUAAGUGCUGGAUGGGACAUUGGGGCUAAUAGCAUACGCGCCAAUCUCUGCUACAGAAAAGUGUCCAAUAUAAUAUACAAACACAGCCUUUAUUUUUUUCUCUGGCAAAAGGAAACUAUGUUUAAUUGACGUUAGGAGAAGUAUAAUCAAAUACUGUACAACAAACAAAUUCAGAAAAACAUGUUUCAACUGGUGUCUUUGAAAUUGUGAAACAGGCCAUUCAACUUCAGCCAAAUCAUCCUUGACGUUCACCUACAAUGGAGGAAUCUGUUUUCUUACUCAGAAUGUGGUUGGUAAUAAAAAGUUACUUUGGACA